GUAUGACUGAGGCCAAAGCAGUGCGUUUGUCUCUGGGUGUUCUGACUAGCAGACUCAAGGCCCUAGGAUGUCUACUGAUCCAAAACUUUACUGGAGACCUUACCAGGAACUGCACUGGAAACUCUACCGAGAAGGAGCGGGACUGGGGUCUGUUUACUAGGGCAGGAUGGGGGUGUUCCGAACCCCAGGGGGCUGUAAGUACAGGACUGUGUGUGUGGGUACAGCAACUCUAUGCUGGAGUGUGUGUGUCGGGUUACCACUGUCUGUCCUAAAGCUGACAAGGACUAAAACUUGCCUCGGUACUAUGUGUGUGUUUGUGUAUGGAUGUUGAUUAUUCCAUGGAAGAUAGAGAACAUUUCAUCUAAAAUUGUUCUCUUGUGUUUGAUGCUGCUGUUCUCCGUGUAGUUCUUUCUCUCUGAUCUUGUCUUCAGGCUUCUUUUCCUUACAAUGAUGCUUGAUUAGAUCUGAUCACUUAAUUAGUUGAAUUAAUGUAAUUAAAUGAAUUGGCCCAUGCAGCCACAGUGGGAUUGAGUUAUAGUGAUCUGGGGAGGCUGGAAUAGACUCUCUUUAGUUUAACCACACACACACACACACACACACACACACACACACACACACACACACACACACACACACACGCAUACACUAUUUGUGGUGGUAUUAAACAGUAAUGAUGUGGUUGUAGAAGAGAAGAGGGGUUGUGUGUGUGCUUGUGUGUGUGUGUGUGUGUGUGUGUGUGUGUGUGUGUGUGUGUGUGUGUGUGUGUGUGCGUGCCUGUGUAUGUUGAGCGCUGGUGUUGCUUACCCAGAGGCGGUGCUCCUAGUGGCUGGUGAUUUUAAUGCAGAAAAACUAAAAUCCGUCUUAUCACCUGUGCAACUAGAGGCGAAAAAACUCUAGAUCACCGUUACUCCCACACAGAGACGCAUACAAAGCCUAUAGGGAGGAGGUCAGAGACCUGGCAGUGUGAUGCCAGGACAACAACCUCUCCCUCAAUGUCAGCAAGACAAAGGAGCUAAUCGUGGACUAUAGGAAGCAGAGGGCCGAGCACGCCCCCAUUCACAUCGAUGGGGCUGUAGUGGAGUGGGUCGUGAGCUUCAAGUUCCUCUGUGUCCACAUCACUAAGGACCUAUCAUGGUCUAAACACACCAACAUAGUCGUGAAGAGGGCAAGGCCAACGCCUCUUCCCCCUCAGGAGGCUGAAAAGAUUUGGCAUGGGCCCUCAGAUCCUCAAAACGUUCUACAGCUGCACCAUUGGAGCAUCUUGACUGGCUGCAUCACCACUUGGAAUGGCAACUGCUUGGUAUCAGACUGUAAGGCACUACAAAGGAUAGUGCGUACUGCCCAGUAAAUCUCUGGGGCCGAGCGCCCUGCCAUCCAGGACCACUAUACCAGGCGGUGCCAGCGAAAGGCCCUAAAAGUUGUCAAAGACUCCAGCCACCCAAGUCAUAGACUGUUCUCUCUGCUACCGCACAGCAAGCGGUACCGGAUUGCCAAGUCUGGGACCAAAAGGCUCCUGAACAGAUUCUACCCCCAAGCCAUAAGACUGCUGAACAGUUAUUCAAGUGGCUACCCGGACUAUUUGCAUUAACCCCCUUUUUUGUUGUUGCGCUGACUCUCUUGCACUGGCUCUAUGCACUCACUGAACUCUACCCACACACUCUCACACACACUGAAGCUAAGCAGGGUUGGUCCUGGUCGGUCCCUGGAUGGGAGACCAGAUGCUGCUGGAAGUGGUGUUGGAGGGCCAGUAGGAGGCACUCUUUCCUCUGGUCCCCAGGGCAGUGAUUGGGGACAUUGCCAUGUGUAGGGUGCCAUCUUUCGGAUGGGACGUUAAACGGGUGUCCUGACUCUCUGUGGUCACUAAAGAUCCCAUGGCAUUUAUCGUAAGAGUAGGGGUGUUAACCCCGGUGUCCUGGCUAAAUUCUCAAUCUGGCCCUCAUACCAUCAUGGCCACCUAAUCAUCCCCAGCUUCCAAGUGGCUCAUUCAUCCUCCCUCCUCUACCCUGUAACUAUUCCCCAGGUCCUUGCUGUAAAUGAGAAUAUGUUCUCAGUCAACUUACGUGUAAAAUAAGGGUAAAAAAAUAUAUAAAAAUACAAAAAUGUAAAAACACUACAUACAGUGGGGGAAAAAAGUAUUUAGUCAGCCACCAAUUGUGCAAGUUCUCCCACUUAAAAAGAUGAGAGAGGCCUGUAAUUUUCAUCAUAGGUACACGUCAACUAUGACAGACAAAAUGAGUAAAUAAAAUCUAGAAAAUCAUAUUGUAGGAUUUUUUAUGAAUUUAUUUGCUAAUUAUGGUGGAAAAUAAGUAUUUGGUCAAUUACAAAAGUUUCUCAAUACUUUGUUAUAUACCCUUUGUUGGCAAUGACACAGGUCAAACGUUUUCUGUAAGUCUUCACAAGGUUUUCACACACUGUUGCUGGUAUUUUGGCCCAUUCCUCCAUGCAGAUCUCCUCUAGAGCAGUGAUGUUUUGGGGCUGUCGCUGGGCAACACGGACUUUCAACUCCCUCCAAAGAUUUUCUAUGGGGUUGAGAUCUGGAGACUGGCUAGGCCACUCCAGGACCUUGAAAUGCUUCUUACGAAGCCACUCCUUCGUUGCCCGGGCGGUGUGUUUGGGAUCAUUGUCAUGCUGAAAGACCCAGCCACAUUUCAUCUUCAAUGCCCUUGCUGAUGGAAGGAGGUUUUCACUCAAAAUCUCACGAUACAUGGCCCCAUUCAUUCUUUCCUUUACACGGAUCAGUCGUCCUGGUCCCUUUGCAGAAAAACAGCCCCAAAGCAUGAUGUUUCCACCCCCAUGCUUCACAGUAGGUAUGGUGUUCUUUGGAUGCAACUCAGCAUUCUUUGUCUUCCAAACACGACGAGUUGAGUUUUUACCAAAAAGUAAUAUUUUGGUUUCAUCUCAGCAUAUGACAUUCUCCCAAUCCUCUUCUGGAUCAUCCAAAUGCACAAAUGACAUGUACUGGCUUAAGCAGGGGGACACGUCUGGCACUGCAGGAUUUGAGUCCCUGGUGGCGUAGUGUGUUACUGAUGAUAGGCUUUUGUUACUUUGGUCCCAGCUCUCUGCAGGUCAUUCACUAGGUCCCCCCGUGUGGUUCUGGGAUUUUUGCUCACCGUUCUUGUGAUCAUUUUGACCCCACGGGGUGAGUUCUUGCGUGGAGCCCCAGAUCGAGGGAGAUUAUCAGUGGUCUUGUAUGUCUUCCAUUUCCUAAUAAUUGCUCCCACAGUUGAUUUCUUCAAACCAAGCUGCUUACCUAUUGCAGAUUCAGUCUUCCCAGCCUGGUGCAUGUCUACAAUUUUGUUUCUGGUGUCCUUUGACAGCUCUUUGGUCUUGGCCAUAGUGGAGUUUGGAGUGUGACUGUUUGAGGUUGUGGACAGGUGUCUUUUAUACUGAUAACAAGUUCAAACAGGUGCCAUUAAUACAGGUAACGAGUGGAGGACAGAGGAGCCUCUUAAAGAAUAAGUUACAGGUCUGUGAGAGCCAUAAAUAUUGCAUCUUUUUAAGUGGGAGAACUUGCACAAUUGGUGGCUGACUAAAUACUUUUUUUCCCCAAAGUACUGUUGACACACUUUCACACUCUUCACAUACGCUGCUGCUACUCUGUUUGUUAUCUAUUCUGAUUGCCAAGUCACUUUUUACCCCUACCUACAUGUAUAUAUUACCUCAACUACCUCUAACCCCUGCACAUUGACUCGGUACCAGUACUCCUUGUAUAUAGUCUCGUUAUUGUUAUUUUAUUGUGUUACUAUUUCCUUUUUUUAUUUAGUAAAUGUUUCUUUGUUUUUAACUCUGCAUUGUUGGGAAAAGGCUGGUAAGUAAGCAUUUCACGGUAAAGUCUACACCUGUUGUUUUCGGUGCGCGUGACAAAUACAAUUUGAUUUGAUUAUAGCGGUACAUUUUUUAAUCCUGUGAUUAAGAGGUGCUACAUGAGCAUCCUGUCGCCUCUCUCUGAUCCUCCAUCUGCGGUGUGAUUCACACACACUCACACACACACACACACACACACACACACACAAACACAAACACACACACGCACACUUCAAACAGACGGAAAUAUCUCAACAUAGUGUGUGUCCAGAUCUCCGUGUGUCCAACUGAAACUCCCCCUACUACAGAUCCAGGCGGCACUGAUACUCAUAACAUAAACAUAGCUACACUAGCAUGAUAUAUAUCUAUGUUCAGUAUAUGACAAGGUCAAUACAGAAGUCCAUAAGGGUAAUAUAAUGUACAUACUAUAUAAAACAUUAGGAACACCUGCUCUUUCCAUGGCAUAGAUUGACCAGGUGAAAUCUAUGAUCCCAUAUUGAUGUCACUUGUUAAAUCCACUUCAAUCAGUGUAGAUGAAGGGGAGGAGACAGGUUAAAGAAGAUUUUUAAGCCUUGAGACAAUUGAGACAUAGAUUGGGUAUCUGUGCUAUUCAGAGGGUGAGGGCUUUCGACACUUUGUAGAGUCCAUGCCCCGACGAAUUGAGGCUGUUCUGAGGGCAAAAGGCGGUGCAACUCAAUAUUAGGAAGAUGUUCUUAAUGUAUUGUACACUCAGUGUAUGCUAUAAUGUACAUAACGUAUGUUGAAAAUGUUCAUAUGAAUGUUAUAUACACUACCAGUCAAAAGUCUGGACACACCUACUCAUUCCAGGGUUUUUCUUUAUUUGUAGUAUUUUGUACAUUGUAGAAUAAUAGUCAAGACAUCAAAACUAUGAAAUAACACAUAUGGAAUCAUGUAGUAAACAUAAAAGUGUUAAACAAAUCAAAAUAUAUUUGAGAUUCUUCAAUAGCCACCCUUGAUGACAGCUUUGCACACUCUUGGCAUUCUCUCAACCAGCUUCACCUGGAAUGCUUUUCCAACAGUCUUGAAGGAGUUCCCACAUAUGCUGAGCACUUGUUGGCUGCUUUUCCUUCACUCUGCGGUCCAACUCAUCCCAAACCAACUCAAUUGGGUUGAGGUCAGGGGAUUGUGGAGGCCAGGUCAUCUGAUGCAGCACUCCAUCACUCUCCUUCUUGGUAAAAUAGCCCUUACUCAGCCUGGAAGUGUGUUGGGUCAUUGUCCUGUUGAAAAACAAAUGAUAGUCCCACUAAUCCCAAACCAGAUGGGAUGGCGUAUCGCUGUAGAAUGCUGUGGUAGUCAUGCUGGUUAAGUGUGCCUUGAACUCUAAAUAAAUCACAGACAGUGUCAACAGCAAAGCACCCCCACACCAUAACACCUCCUCCUCCAUGCUUUACGGUGGGAAAUACACAUGCGGAGAUCAUCCGUUCACCCACACCGCGUCUUACAAAGAUACGGUGGUUGGAACCAGAAAUCUCCAAUUUGGACUCUAGACCAAAGGACAAAUUUCCACUUCUCUAAUAUCAAUUUCUCGUGUUUCUUGCCCCAAGCAGGUCUCUUCUUCUUAUUGGUGUCCUUUAGUAGUGGUUUCUUUGCAGCAAUUCGACCAUGUUACUUGAACUCUGUGAAGCAUUUAUUUGGGCUGCAAUGUCUGAGGCUACUAACUCUAAUGAACUUAUCCUCUGCAGCAGAGGUAACUCUGGGUCUUCCAUUCCUGUGGUGGUCCUCAUGAGAGCCAGUUUCAUCAUAGCGCUUGAUGGUUUUUGCGACUGCACUUGAAGAAACUUUCAAAGUUCUUGACAUUUUCCAUGUUGACUGACCUUCAUGUCUUAAAGUAAUGAUGGACUGUCAUUUCUCUUAGCUUUUUUUAGCUGUUCUUGCCAUAAUAUGGACUUGGUCUUUUACCAAAUAGGGCUAUCUUCUGUAUACCCCCCUAACUUGUCACAACACAACUGAUUGGCUGAAACGCAUUAAGAAGGAAAUAAAUUCCACAAAUUAACUUUUAAGAAGGCACACCUGUUAAUUGAAAUGCCUUCGAGGUGACUACCUCAUGAAUCUGGUUGAGAGAAUGCCAAGAGUGUGCAAAGCUGUCAUCAAGGCAAAGGGUGGCUAUUUGAAGAAUCUCAAAUAUAAAAUAUAUUUUGAUUUGUUUAACACUUUUUUGGUUACUACAUGAUUCCAUAUGUGUUAUUUCAUAGCUUUGAUGUAUUCACUAUUAUUCUACAAUGUAGAAAAUAGUACAAAUAAAGAAAAACCUUGAAUGAGUAGGUGUGUCCAAACUUUUGACUGGUACUGUAUGCUCAUAUGAGUGUUUUUUGGCCGUAUAAGAGCUUCAUCCUGUUAGUGAGGUCUGGAGAUGUGUACACAUUUGCAUACAGAGGUGUGAAAUUCCCUACUUGGGCUUUGAUGACAUGAGCUGUGAAACAGGAGGGGGUGAAGUGGGGGGGGGGGGGGGGGGGGGGGGGGGGGGAGGGAUAGGUGGAGAGUGAUAUCACAUCUCUUUCCUUCUCGCUCUCUCUCUCUCUCUCUCUCUCUCUCUCUCUCUCUCAGGCUUUCAGGGAGAGGUGGAGAGAAGGACAGGGCAAAACCCUGAGAGAGGUGAAGGGGCGCUAGAAUGAGUGAUGGGGAGGGAGAGGAGAGACAGUGAAAGAUACACGCACACGCACACGCACACACACACAGUGAGAAGUCAUUAGUCACUGGGAGGUAGCAGGAGGAUUGGGGGUGGCACCAUGGCAACUGCUGGGUUAGCUGUCCAUCGUUGGUUUACUGUGUGUCUAAGUUUAAUUUGGAGUGUAUUGUGUGUGUAUAACAUACAGUAUGUGUGUGUAUCUAUCCAACAGGAGGAGGAGAGUGUCAAUGAGAUCAACAUCACCAACCAUACCAAGGAGGGGUCAGAGAAGGGUGACCCUCGACAGUUCGAGCUCCUCAAGGUCCUAGGACAAGGCUCCUUCGGAAAGGUGUGUGUGUCUGCCUGUGUGUGUGUGUGUGUGUGUGUCUGUGUGUCGUCAGCGUUUGAUUAUCAUCUUCCACUGAUGUCUCGAUUAGUUAUCCUAAUGACAGAGCAUUGCUAUAGCAACCACAUGGUAAGGGCCCUUCACACCUUGUCAUCUUUAUGAAUUUAACGAUUAUGUGUGUGUCUGUGUGUGUGUGUUCAUGUGUCAUUCAUCUUUUACCUUUUUUCCCCAGUGCUGAUUGCCAUGCACACAAAAACACAGUAGAAUAAAUGUUUUCUUCUAUCUGUGUGUGUGUGCGUGCGUGCGUGCGUGCAGGUGUUCCUGGUCAAGAAGACUACAGGUCCAGAUACAGGACAGCUCUACGCCAUGAAGGUUCUGAAGAAAGCCACACUGAAAGGUAGGGGAUGGAGAGAGAGGGAGGUAGAGAGAGAGGGAUGUAGAGAGAGAGGGAGGUAGAGAGAGAGGGAGGUAGAGAGAGAGGCGGGAGAGAAAGAUAAAUAAAUGAGGGAUGGAGAGGUAGAUGGAGGGAGGGGAGGGAGGUAGACGGAAAUGGAGAGAAUGAGGGAUAAGGGAGGGAGGGAGAGUUGUAUGGCGGGAGGGGGGGUAGAGUGACAGAGAGGGGGAGAGAAAGAAAGAUGGAGAAGGGGGGGGUGCGUUGGACAGAGAGAGGGGAGGUAGAGUGACAGAGAGGGGGAGAGAAAGAAAGAUGGAGAAGGGGGGGUGAGUUGGACAGAGAGAGGGGAGGUAGAGUGACAGAGAGGGGGAGAGAAAGAAAGAUGGAGAAGGGGGGGUGAGUUGGACAGAGAGAGGGGAGGUAGAGUGACAGAGAGGGGGAGAGAAAGAAAGAUGGAGAAGGGGGGGUGAGUUGGACAGAGAGAGGGGAGGUAGAGUGACAGAAAGGGGGAGAGAAAGAAAGAUGGAGAAGGGGGGGGUGAGUUGGACAGAGAGAGGGGAGGUAGAGGAGAGGUGUUUUCAGAGCAGAGAAAGUCAACUCUGCUCUUCUGGAAUCAUGUCAGUGUGACGUACUGUCAGGGCUUCACCGAAGGGUUGGACGUUGGAGUGGUGAAAAGUUCCACAUUUCAUUUGAAGUUUGAGGUUAGCAGCGCCUCCCCAAAAGUUUAGGUAAUCAUCACAAACCCCCAUGAACCUCUAGGCCUGGGUCUCCCCCUCUAUUGAAAUACAAUGGCCCGUCAUCUUGAAACGUGAAAGCCCUGUGUGUGAGAGGACUGCUUUAUCUCAGAGAGAACACCAUCACCAUCUGUUGGCUACAGACCGUACACACACCACAUAGUCACUUACAGUGGAGGGAUUCUUCUCUCUCUCUCUCUCCAUUCCUCUUCCUCCUCUUUUCUUGUUCUGUUUUUUCAUUUCCCUCCUUUAUUCAAUUACUCAUCCAUCUGGACAAAUGACUUCCAUGCCAAGAGGGAGAUAGAGAGGGAGGGAUAGAUCGAGGGAAAGAGAGGGAGAGGGAUAGGUAGAGGGGAAAGAGAUGAGGUGAGUUGUUUGUUCCUAGAAGGACGUAUGCUCUGUAUGUAUGUUUAAUUAGUUUGUGUGUGUGUGUGUUGCAGUGCGUGACAGGGUGAGGACUAAGAUGGAGCGAGACAUUCUGGUGGAGGUCAACCAUCCCUUCAUCGUUAAACUGCACUAUGGUGAGUUAGCCAAUCACAGCUUAGUACUACAGUGAGGUAGCCAAUCACAACAUAAGUCCUCUGGUAACCAAUCAGAUGUCUCUCCUCAGCAUUCCAAACAGAAGGGAAACUCUACCUCAUCCUGGACUUCCUACGAGGAGGAGACCUCUUCACACGACUGUCUAAAGAGGUGAAGGCGUGUGUGUGUCUCACCCUCCUCUCUGUGUCUAGAGGUGUGUGUGUGUGUGUGUGUGUGUCUCACCCUCCUCUCUGUGUCUAGAGGUGUGUGUGUGUGUGUGUGUGUGUCUCACCCUCCUCUGUGUGUAGGUGUGUGUGUGUUUAUGUGUGUGUGUGUUUCACCUGCCUCUGUGUGUCUGUGUCUAGAGGUGUGUGUGUGUGUGUGUGUGUGUGUGUGUGUGUGUGUGUGUGUCUCACCCUCCUCUCUCCUGUGUAGGUGAUGUUCACAGAGGAGGAUGUGAAGUUCUACCUGGCAGAGUUGGCUCUGGCCCUGGACCACCUCCACAGCCUGGGCAUCAUCUACAGAGACCUCAAACCAGAGAAGUACAUACACACAUGUACACACACACAAACACACAUACACACUCAGAUUGUGUGUGUUGUUUAGUAUCUUUGUCUAAAGAUCAAUUUGUGUCCUUUCAGCAUUCUGCUAGACGAGGAGGGACACAUCAAGCUGACAGGUGGGCAAUAUCAGACCUGUGUGUGUGUGUGUACUGUAUGGAUCAUGUGUGUAUUCUCACUGCAGACAGUAAGGAGUCAUGAGAACAAGGCUUACUGCUCUCUCUGUGUGUUUGUGUGUGUGCGCAUAGACUUCGGACUCAGUAAGGAGUCUAUAGACCAUGAGAACAAGGCCUAUUCGUUCUGCGGGACGGUGGAGUACAUGGCUCCGGAGGUGGUCAACAGGAGAGGCCACACCACCAGCGCUGAUUGGUGGUCCUACGGCGUGCUAAUGGUGAGAGGGGCGGGGCCACAAACCUUAUAUGGUUUAUUUACCAGUUCCUUAUUUGUGUUGUGUUACAGGUUGUAGUUAGGUUGUUUGUGUGAUAAAAAAAAAUAUAUCUUCCUUCUAUCCCAGUUUGAGAUGCUGACCGGAACGCUACCAUUCCAGGGGAAAGACCGCAAGGAGACCAUGACCAUGAUCCUUAAGUGAGUCUCUUUGACAAGGUUGACCAUUUGACCAUUAUUAUCUCACUGGAGUAGUGUGUGUGUGUGUGUUCUGUGCCAGCGGUUCCCAACCUUUUCUGUUCCGGGGACCACCAAAUCACUGUCAAAAGCUCGAGGACCACCAAUGUUAUCAAUUAAUGUAACAGAUUAAAGGCUUAUUAUUAACAUUAGAAAAAAAGUAAUGUAAAAUUGCUUAUAAUACCGUUAACAAUCCCAAUUGUUGUUAUUUUUGGAAGAAAACAAAUAUUUAUUUUUUAAUUGCAGACGGUCCGUGGACCACAGGUUGAAAUGCUGAGGCAGCCCAGGGGAAAAGAGUGGGGGAUUAAUAUUAGAGGAGGUAUUUGUAGCGCUCAGCAGGAGGGCAGGAUGGAUGGACAGACUAGAAGAGUGAUAAAAGCAGAUAAUGGAGCUAGCUAAGUGGAAUGUUUGACGUUUAUGACGGAAAGGGGGAGAGAGAUAAGUAGAGUAAGAGAGAGGGAGGGUGGAGGAGGAGAGAGAUGGAAGGGUGCAGAAAAGGGAGAGAGAUGGAAUGGGUGAGAGAUAUUUGAACACAGAGAAUCAUGUAUCGCUCUCAGUGGAAAAUGCUGAGAAUGUUUGUCUCUCUCGGCUGCUGAGAUCGUUUCUGUAAAACGCUGAGUUAGUUUCCUGUGUGUAUUACUGUGAAUGGACUUCAGCAUUCAAUCAGAUUGAAUACAGGUUGAUAUAUGAUGACUGUGUCAAUAUCCACACUCUAAUGUUCUCUAUUUUCCCCUCUAUCACUGCCUUCUCCUCUUCUGCAUUCCUACCUGUCUUUCUUUACCUCCCUCUCUCUCUCUCUGUCCCUCUCCUCAGGGCUAAGUUGGGGAUGCCACAGUUUCUGAGUUCCGAAGCCCAGAGUCUCCUGAGGAACCUUUUCAAACGCAACCCUACUAACAGGCUAGGUAACACAAUCUGAUCUUAGGGCAGGGUUAAGCUUUCCCCCUAAUGGUUAAGGUUAGGAGUUAAUAUGAUCCUAGAUCUGUGCUGAAGUGUAACUUCUUGUUCUGUUCUCUGUAGGAGCCGGCCCAGACGGAGUGGAAGAGAUCAAGAGACACCACUUCUACUGCACCAUAGACUGGAACGUGAGUGUGUGAUGUGAUGUCUCUUCUCACUGCGUUUCAGACGCUGUAGUGUCAGUAUAGACUAUUUAAUGUGUCCUCUAUCUCUGUUUGUAGAAACUGUUCCUUAGAGAGCUCUGCCCUCCCUUCAAACCUGCUACGGGACGACCUGACGACACCUUCUAUUUCGACCCAGAGUUCACCGCUAAAACACCCAAAGGUACACACACAUGCUUGCGCAUGCACACACAUUCGUCUCUCCAUCCAUCCAUCUGUCAAUUACUCAUUCAUCUGUUGAAGUUCAACCACUUGCUUGUCUUCUGUGUGUGUGUGUGUGUAGAUUCCCCAGGGGUUCCACCCAGUGCCAACGCCCACCAGCUGUUCCGAGGAUUCAGCUUCGUAGCCAUAACAACAGAGGAAGAGGCACAACCACUACAGACUGCUAUAGUACAGGUACACACACACACACACACACACACACACACACACACACACACACUAGAGCCCUGCACAAGCAUGAAAUGUAAGCCCUACCCAUGCCCGCGACAUUCAGGCCUUACCCUGCCCUUGCCAGAUUGCUUCUGCCAAAUUUAAGGCCCGUCCCUGCCCGAACCCGAAAUCAGAAAUAACUUUGUCCGUUAGCUGCUCAUCUUUGUCUGUCCCCCGCUCUCUACUUGCGCUGCUCCAUGCGCUCUCUGCGUGUGAGUAUCGAUAGCAACGGCUCCGCUUGGCUACUUUUUGUAACUCUAAAUUCUGUCAAAACUCACAGAAUAUUAUUAUUUUCUGUGAAAUAAUAUCUCCUGUCGACUCAGACAAUGUUCUUGUCUUAUAUUUUCCGAGGUUGAUCUUGUAUUUUAUGAGGUUGAAGCAAUUUGCGACACCAUUUUAUGAUCAUAAGAUAUGACUGCAGAGACACUGAGCAGCAGAGCAGGAGGGAGCAAAUCGCUCAGCUUCAAAAUGUUGGUGAUCAAUUUAAUCAUUCUUGAAAAUGAUAUCCAAGCCUGACCCGUAUCCUAGUUAUUGAUUUUUAAAAAACAGGGCUCAGGUCGGGUAGCAGAGCUCUUACAAACAGACACACGAAUACACUCACACACACACACACACACAGUCUUGUUAUGUGUAGUUUCACAUCUGUGUCGCUCAUGUUUACGUAGCAGCUGCACAGAAAUGUGUCCCAGUUUUCUGAAGCGUAUGAAGUGAAGGAGGAUAUAGGAGUGGGAUCAUACUCCGUCUGCAAACGCUGUAUACACAAGACCACUGGCAUGGAGUACGCAGUCAAGGUGAGACACACACACACACCGCAGAAAGCAUUGAUAUUGCCCAUUGAGCAUUAGUAUUCAGACCCAUACAUACAUAAGUUGGUCUUGGUUUUAACUCCAACACAUUGUGUGUGUUCCAUCCAGAUCAUCAGUAAGGCCAAGAGAGAUCCAACGGAGGAGGUGGAGAUUCUACUGAGAUACGGACAACAUCCCAACAUCAUCACACUGAAGGACGUGAGUUUCACACACACACACACACACACACACACACACACACACACACACAUAUACAUACACACACACACACACAUAUACAUACACACAGGUACAGCUAUAACCCUGUUGUCUCUGCUGUAGGUGUUUGAUGACGGCAGGACAGUGUAUCUGGUCACAGAGCUGAUGAAGGGAGGAGAGCUGCUGGAUAAGAUACUGAGGCAGAAGUUCUUCUCAGAGAGGGAGGCUAGCGCUGUCCUAUACACCAUCACCAAGACUGUUGAAUACCUACACGUACAGGGGGUGAGUGUGUUUCAUGUGUGUGUGUCGUUCAAGGACUUUGAUACAUUUCUGAGCCUCAAUACUUUAUUUUUACAGCAUACAUAGUUAUCUUUCAAUGUGUCGAUGUGGGUGUGAUUGACUGAUCGGUUGAUCGUUUUCCAGGUGGUGCACAGGGACCUGAAGCCCAGUAAUAUCCUGUAUGUGGAUGAGAGUGGAAACGCUGAGUCCAUCAGGAUCUGUGACUUUGGUUUCGCCAAGCAGCUGAGAGCUGAGAACGGCCUGCUGAUGACACCAUGCUACACCGCUAACUUUGUAGCUCCAGAGGUACGUACCAUGCCACACUCUCUCUCUCUCUUUCAACCUCAGAUGUUCUCUAUGUGUGUGUACCCUCUCAUCCACUAAUCAUACAGUAUGUGUUUUCUAGGUGUUGAAGAAGCAGGGUUAUGAUGCUGCCUGUGACAUAUGGAGUCUAGGAGUCCUACUCUACACCAUGCUGACAGGGUAAGGCUGUGUGCGUGUUUUAUCUGUGUGAAUAUGGUUAUUUGUGUAUUCGCAAUUGUUUACCCUUCUCUCUCCUCUCCUCUCCUUUCCUCUCCAGGUUCACUCCAUUUGCCAAUGGUCUAGAGGACACUCCAGAGGAGAUCCUGGCUCGGAUCGGUAGCGGGAAGUUCUCUCUGACCGGAGGAUACUGGAACUCUGUCUCAGCCGAGGCCAAGGUACACACACACACCGAAGCCAAGGGAAUGUUACCGACAUUCAAACACGAUAUUCAAUGGGUGAUAAUGUUGUAAUGUUUUUGACUUCUGACCUGUAGGAGCUGGUGUCUAAGAUGUUACACGUGGACCCCCACCAGCGUUUGACAGCUGGCCAGGUGUUGCGUCAUCCCUGGGUCACACAACGCAACCAGCUGCCCAAAUUCACACUCACCAGACAGGACGCUCCACACCUGGUCAAGGUAACACACACACUAUGUCUCACUAUAUUUUACUGUCUUUUUCAUAUACAGGGAUGUGUAUUGCAAUAUUUUAAUGACUUCAAAUAAAGUUUGAUUUGAUUUGUGCAGGGCGCCAUGGCAGCCACCUACUCUGCCCUCAACAGGAACGUCCCACCUGUCCUGGACCCUGUGGGAUGUUCCACUCUGGCCCAACGGAGGGGGGUGAAGAAACUCACAUCCACUGCCCUC